AUGCUCGCGAGGGCUCCUCCGAGUCCGUGCUCCACCGGCGGCGACGCCGUUGCCGGCAGCAAAGAGAGCACGAGGCCGUGGACGCCCGUCGGCGGCGUUGGCCUUGCAAAAGGAGCAUCGAGGUGCCCGGGACCUAGAGCCGGAGUCAGGCUAAUCGCGGCGAGGGCGCCGGGGAGGAGGGCGACGACGACGGUUGUGGCUGCGGCCACUGGCGAGAGGCGGACGGCGGGGCCGGGGCCGGAGGCGGAGUCGGCAGAGGCAGCUAAUGGGUCGUCGUCGGUCGUCGCAGGGAUCAGCACGCUCUUGACUUCGACUGUUGGGAAAUCGACAAAUAUCCUGUGGCAUGACUGUCCCAUUGGGCAGAAUGAGAGACAAAAUUUGCUGAACCAGAAGGGUUCUGUUGUGUGGAUCACUGGUCUAAGCGGUUCAGGAAAAAGCACGCUCGCAUGUGCGCUGAGCCGUGAGUUGCACAUUAGAGGCCAUCUGACAUACGUCCUCGACGGCGAUAAUCUCAGGCAUGGGUUAAACCGGGACCUCAGCUUCAAAGCAGAGGACCGUGCUGAAAACAUACGCAGAGUAGGGGAAGUAGCAAAGCUAUUUGCAGAUGCUGGCCUGAUCUGCAUUGUUAGCUUGAUAUCACCUUACAGAAGUGAUCGAAGCGCUUGUCGUAGUUUACUGCCAAAGUCUUCGUUUAUAGAGGUGUUCCUAAAUGCGCCGCUUGAAGUAUGCGAAGCACGGGAUCCCAAAGGCUUGUACAAGCUUGCACGUGAUGGCAAAAUCAAAGGUUUUACUGGCAUUGAUGAUCCUUAUGAACCACCAUCUGAUUGUGAGAUAGUGAUCCAGUGUAAAGUUGGGGACUGCCCUUCACCCAAAUCAAUGGCUGAUCAAGUUGUGUCAUAUCUUGAAACAAAUGGUUUCCUCCAUGACUAG